UAUUAGUCAGUCGCAUUUUGUACUCCAAAUCAGAUGGCUUUUUUUCAUUUAGAAAAAAUGCAAGAUUUUUCUCCAGAACAAUAGAAAGAACGGAUUGAUUUGCACAAAAUGUCACGUGUACUACACGGAAAAUUUGGGUUCCGAGUGAGACCAAAGGCGUUCCGACCGAUUGUUAUUCUGAAUGUGACCCGGUUGAAUUUUUCAACCAUUUCGGGACAUGGAGCGUACAAACAUCAACCGUUUAGACGAAAUCCAGGGUUGUUAUUGCAACGUAAGCAACCAGAAUUAACUUUGAUGGCAGUGCCAAGUCGAAGUUAUGGAAUGUUGGCUGUGAGAAUUUUACGAGGUGCAUUGAAAUUACGAUACUUGCUUCUUGGCGGUGCAAUCACCGGUGGUGUUACUUUAAACAAGAGAUAUGAAGAAUGGAGAGAUGGAUUGCCAGACUUCAAAUGGUUGGAUGAUGUUUUACCCAACAACGAUCAGUGGAGUAGUUUUUCAAACAAUUUAAAAUCCAUAAAAAAUUCAGUUCGAGACUCUAUUGAAAUUGAUCCACGCUUGAAAGAACUCAGCGAAAAAAAGAUGGAUGAAUGGAGAGCCUGGUUCGAUACUCGUCUCGAUGAUGCUAUUGAGGCAGCAUCAACACAACAACAUCCAGAAAUUGAACGUUCGUUCCACAGUCUCUCUGAAUUUAUUGGAAAUGUUUACGGAGCAGCUCAAGAUGAGAUCCGAAAAGCAAACACUGUGAAUGCAAAGGCGCCAAGCGCCGACGACAGUCGUAAAAAGAAUGAGGCGAUGCAAAAACAAAUUGAAGCUCUACAAACGGAAAUUAUGAACGUUCAAAUUAAAUACCAAAAAGAGCUCGAGAAAUUGGAGAAAGAGAAUCGUGAACUACGUCAACAAUACUUGAUCAUCAAAACCAAUCGAAAAACAACACUGGGCAAGAAAAUCAAAAAAUCACUCAUCGAUAUGUACUCUGAAGUUUUGGACGAAUUAUCCGGCUACGAUUCAAGUUAUUCAACGGCUGAUCAUUUGCCACGUGUUGUAGUGGUUGGGGAUCAAUCAUCUGGAAAGACGUCAGUGCUGGAAUCGAUUGCAAGGGCUCGAAUUUUUCCACGUGGUUCGGGCGAGAUGAUGACACGUGCACCGGUCAAAGUAACAUUGUCCGAAGGACCAUAUCACAUCGCACAAUUUCGAAAUAGUGACCGCGAAUACGAUUUAACCAAGGAAUCUGAGUUGGCUGAAUUGCGCCGUGAAGUUGAACUUCGUAUGCGUGCAUCAGUUCGAGGCGGUAAAACCGUUAGCAACGAUGUCAUUUCGAUGACGGUAAAAGGUCCCGGUUUGCAACGAAUGGUUUUGGUCGAUUUGCCUGGCAUUAUCGCAACACAAACUGUCGACAUGGCGAUGGACACAAAAGAUGCCAUUCAUCAAAUGACCAAACAUUAUAUGAGCAAUCCGAAUGCAAUCAUUUUAUGCAUUCAAGAUGGAUCUGUAGAUGCUGAAAGGAGCAAUGUUACUGAUUUAGUUCAGCAAUGUGACCCGUUGGGCAAGCGCACAAUUUUCGUAUUGACCAAAGUCGAUAUGGCUGAAGAGUUGGCCGAUCCAGAUCGUAUACGAAAAAUCUUGGCCGGAAAACUGUUUCCGAUGCGAGCACUUGGCUACUUUGCGGUUGUCACUGGUCGCGGACGAGGCGAUGAUUCCAUUGAAAACAUUAAGGAUUAUGAAGAGAAAUUCUUUAAAAACUCAAAACUAUUUCAAAGCGGAGUUAUUAUGCCGCAUCAAGUCACCACUCGAAAUCUUAGUUUAGCCGUAGCCGAUCGUUUUUGGAAAAUGGUGAAAGAAACCGUUGAACAACAAGCCGAUGCAUUUAAAGCCACUCGCUUCAAUUUGGAGACAGAAUGGAAAAAUAAUUUCCCAAGAUUGCGCGAAUCAAGUCGCGAUGAGUUGUUUGAAAAAGCCAAGGGCGAAAUUUUGGAUGAAGUAGUGAAUCUAUCACAAAUAUCGGCCAAAGACUGGGAGAAUCUAUUGUAUAAUAAAUUAUGGGAAAAAUUAUCGAGCUAUUGCUUCGAAAAUAUUUAUUUAGCAGCUGCAAACGCCAAUUCACCAGGUCAAUUCAAUACGAUGGUCGAUAUUAAGCUAAGGCAAUGGGCUGAUCAAGGCUUGCCAUCCAAAUCUGUUGAGUCUGGAUUUGAAACGUUGCAAAGUGAAUUUAAGCGACUCAUCGAAUUGGCAAAGAAAUCGCCCGACCACGAUGAAAUAUUCGAUAAUUUAAAGUCGUCUGUUAUGGAAGAAGCAGUCAAGCGUCAUACAUGGGAAGACAAAGCCACCGAUAUGUUGCGUAUAAUUCAACUAAAUACACUUGAAGAUCGCAGCGUUCAUGACAAAGCAGAGUGGGAUCAAGCGGUAAAAUUCUUCGAAGAGUCAGUUAAAACAAAACUUCAAACAACCGAACAGACAAUGACGGAAAUGUUUGGCCCGGGCACUUAUGAAAAGUGGCUGAAAUGGACGUCGGGCACAGAAGACCAGACCAAACGACGUCAUGUUAAGAGCGAACUUGAUAAGAUCUUGAGCAGUGAUCCAAAGCAUUUACCGAGUUUAACGUAUGAUGAAAUGACGGCCGUUCGUAAGAAUUUGCAACGAUCGAAUAUCGAAGUGGAAACGGAUUACAUUCGCGAGACAUGGUAUCCAGUUUAUCGACGUCAUUUUUUGAAAAAAGCCUUGUCUCGAGCAUAUGAUUGCCGAAAAGGAUUUUAUUUGUAUUCUCAGCAACAAGGCAGCAGCAACUAUGAUCAACUCAUCAACUGUAAUGACGUUGUACUAUUCUGGCGCAUUCAACAAGUACUCAAAGUUACUUCGAACGCUCUGCGACAGCAAGUGGUCAACCGGGAGGCGCGACGUCUUGACAAAGAGAUCAAAGAGGUACUCGAUGAAUUCAGCGAUGACGAAGAUAAAAAAGUACAAUUGCUGACAGGAAAACGUGUUUUACUAGCAGAAGAAUUGAUUCGUGUUCGACAGAUCCAAGAAAAACUAGAAGAAUUCAUAAAUGCAUUGAAUCUGGAGAAGUAAGCGGCUGUAUCAUUUUAAAUGAUUCUUCUCACUCUUACUUAUUAGCUCUUUUUGAAAUUUUUUGUUUGUAUGCUGCUUAAGACUACUUUAAAUACAUCAUUAUUAUAAUUGAAAAUU